GCUUAAACUCAACGAAAUUUCAAACUUGCUUCUACACUAGUUAAUUCGUUUCAGAUUCUUUCACCAUCACACCUCACUUAUAGCCACACAGAAAAAGCAUUUCACAUUGCAUAAAACACACUAGAUUGGUCUAGAACGUUCUCCAAUUCUUCGAAGCAAAUUUACGAAAAUCAUUGAAUUAAUUUUCCUUUAUGGAGUACUCAAAGUCACAGUCAAGGUUUCCGUUGGGCAGACAAUCAUCACUCGCCCCGGAGAGAAACGGCGUUUCCGGCUCAGUUACUGAAGUUAACGCUGGCCACAGUGGUGAUGAUGAUGGUGAAGUUGACGGAGGUAUGGAUUCCGGUUUGAGGUUAAUGUAUAUGGCUAACGACGGUGAUUUGGAAGGUAUGAAGGAAAUUUUGGACUGCGGUACCAGUGUGAACUACACAGAUAUCGAUGGACGGACUGCUUUGCAUAUUGCAGCUUGCCAGGGAAAUGCUGAUGUUGUUGAUUUGCUGCUCAAAAAUGGGACUCACGUGGAUGUCAUGGAUCGCUGGGGCAGUACGCCUCUUGCAGAUGCAAUAUAUUACAAGAAUAAUGAUGUGGUCAAGUUUUUGGAAAUACAUGGAGCAAAAGUACCUGCAAUUGCUCCCAUGCACGUCGAAAAUGCUUGUGAAAUUCCAGAGUAUGAAAUUGAUCCAACAGAACUUGAUUUUAGUAAUAGCGUCAACAUAACAAAGGGUACGUUUUGUGUUGCUCUGUGGCGUGGAACUGAGGUUGCUGUUAAGAAACUUGGUGAAGAAUUUUUCACCGACAAAGAUAAAUUCAAGGCAUUUAGGGAUGAGCUUGCCUUACUACAGCAGAUACGCCACCCAAAUGUAGUCCAAUUUCUUGGUGCUGUGACACAGAGUAGCCCAAUGAUGAUCAUCACGGAGUAUCUGCCUAAGGGAGAUCUUCGUGCAUUCCUGAAACGGAAAGGUGCAUUAAAGCCAAUAAAGGCGGUGAAGCUUGCACUGGAUUUUGCAAGAGGAAUGAACUACUUACAUGAGCAUAAACCUGAAGCAAUAAUUCAUCGAGACCUAGAGCCCGAAAACAUAUUACGGGAUGAUUCUGGACAUCUGAAAGUUGCAGAUUUUGGACUUAGUAAGCUGAUGAAAUUUACCAAAACUGUCAAGGAAGAUAGACCACUGUUGCGUCAAGAGGAUUCAUGGAGAUAUGUUGCUCCAGAAGUUUUUAAGAAUGAGGAGUAUAACACCAAGGUGGAUGUUUUCUCUUUCGCUUUGAUAUUGCAAGAGAUGAUUGAAGGCUGCCGACCAUUUUCCACGAAGCAGGAAAUUGAAGUGGCCAAAGCCUAUGUUGCAAAUGAACGCCCUCCCUUUAAAGCUUCACAAAAGCUUUAUGCUCAUGGACUGAGAGAGUUAAUUGAGGAUUGUUGGGCGGAGCAACCAACAAGAAGACCAACUUUUCAGCAAAUAAUUAUCAGGUUGAAAGAAAUCAAACAUAUUCUUUUGCAUAGAAGAUGUUGGAAGGCAAAGGCACUUAAAUGUUAGAAUCUUGAGGCCAUCUUGAAGUUUGAUCAUUAGAGUUCAAGGAGUCGCUCAUCUAGCUCAACUGUCUGAUGAGAAGUGCCUGUGCUGCAGCUACACCGUUAAUCAAUUCAUAUUGUGAAUGUUUUCCAACCUUUAUUCGUCACUUUUUUUCUUUCUUUUGUGCGACGAUGGUUUGGGGAGAAGGUGACGGUAUGGCUUCCAUUGCCGUCCUUUAUGUUUGUACUGGAAGUCUGAUGUUGAUUAUUGCUUCAAAACUCUGUGAUUUCUUUGUGUCUUUUCUUGUAUGUAGGGUAACAUGUCAAUCGUUUUGAAUUUGUUGUUUGUUCACUUUUGCUACAAAUUUUGGUAGUUCGGGCUAUGGCAAAAUUGUACAAAUAUUAUGUGGUAUAUGAAAGUUUGUGAUGCAA